GCAGAAGAUUGAGCACCAACCAGUUAUUGUAAAACUGCGCAACGGUAAAGACGCAUUUCACUAUGUCGGCCACACUCCAAACAAGUUUAAAAGAGAAAAUCUGCGAGUCAGUGGAAAUACCAAUAUUCACAAGAUGCUGCUUCUGUUUUCCACUUCGAAAGGGCCUGAUAACCUUUGCAUAUUUCAACACAAUCCUGUCGAUACUAGACGUCGCAAUGCUAUCAUACCUAGUGGUCAAUCGUUCAUCAGAUAUGACAGGCGAAUCGGAAUACCCUCGGCUCAUUAUUGACACCACAUCUAUGGUACUGGAGUUCGUCAUGUCUGUCAUAUUCAUCGCUGCAUUACACAUGAAACACGUCCUCCUCAUGAAAGUAUACCUCUACUUUGAGAUUGUGUUCUCCAUCCUCGCCUUUAUCUAUGGCCUGGUCUUCCUGGGUGAGGAGACGGCUAGCGAGCUCUUCUUAAUAUUAUUCCAACUAACGAUACAGAUCUACUUGGUGAUCCUCAUAUGGAGUUCAAUAGUGAAGAUGGAGCGAGACGAUUCCGUGAAGUACACGCGAGAAAGAGAAAACGUCUAACUUUUAAUAAACAUGGCGCUGUGUUAAAAGUUCCAACCUUUCACAUAAGUUCUCCUACCGUUUCCCUUGAAUAGUUUACUACUAUGUAAUAUAACAAAACACUUAGCCACAGCAACGCUUGGCCGAGUCUGCUAGUAUUUAUAUAUUUUCAUAUACCAUGGUGAUAAUAUAAUGGUACAUUGUAAAUGUAUUUUAUUUAAACUACAAUAAUUAUCAAAUACAGGACCAUAAAUUGUUAUGUAGGAAUAAGUGCCUUAAUGAUAUUUUUAUAUUAACAUUGUUUACACGGAAUUGUAAAUAUUAUUUUUGAUGUAUUUAAUUAGAUGUAAGAUAUUAUGCCAAAUAAAACAACUGAUAAUUA